GGGCUUGGUCGGCUUGAAAUAGGCGGAGUAUUUGCCUUCCCCGAGGCCUUCACACAAUGGAUACUGGCCGUCAUGACGUCAAGGAAGGCUGUGGGUCGGUGACGGCAUCGCGCGCCUCUCGACACGACGCCUCUCGACAGGAGGCAACCAACACCGCACACACGAGAGGCUCACACGAGGCUGACAGGGAGGCCGACAGGGAGCCUGACGGGGGAAGCGGCAUGGAGAAGCACUCAGGUACCUACCUCACAGUGUCACGACUCACGAGUGCGGGCAAAGGCGGACGAGAGGACGCAAUGCCAUGUGCCAUAUAUAUGCCAUACCGUCGUCCUGACUGCUGUGCUGCUCGGUCAGGCGAGGAGGAAGGAGUUGACGACGCCAGUGGCGAGGAGGAGGAGGAGCUCCCCAAACCCAGCGGCGUCUCGCAGGGCUUCUUCCCCCCCUUGGCACCGCUGGCAGCCUCCUCGCACCUGCUGGCCUCCCUGCUGACUCGCCAGUCGCUCGUGGUGCCUCCCCUGGCCCCUCCCCUGAGCAUGAGCAUGGGUGCGAGUGACCACAGUCCCUCCGCACGGCUGCACCGUCUGGUCCGCAAGCGGCGUCAGGACGAGAUGGAGGGCGGCGAGGGCGAUGAGGAGGAGGAGGGCAGGGAGGUGGUGCAGCACCCCUUCGCACGGCAGAGGCUGAAUAAGUGGAAGUUCCAGGCUGUCAAGGUCCGUUCGUUGCAGACAGACAGACGCAAUCAGGCGGCCGCGGGAGGGAGUGGUCAUGUAUGUGUUGUGUUCUCGGUGUGUGUGUGUGCGUCCAUCAAUCAGACGGCGUCAGUGUCGCCUAGUUCUUGGCGAGAGGAGGAGGACGACAUGCUCUUCGAGCUCGUCCAAAUCUACCGGCCGCAGCAGAACAGAGAGUAAGCAACGCCUCAGGCACACCUCAGGCACCACACACGAACGACUUGACGGCUUUGCGUGGCAUGGCGUGGCAUGGCGUGGCAUGGCGUGGCAUGGCGCGGCAUGGUGUGGUGUGUUUGAUGCAGCUGGGUUGACAUUGCGUUGAAGCUAUCGAAGAGUCCCGUGUCCACCGGACGCACUGGUGUGGACGCCCACCACACACACACACACACACACGCCCUCACACGCGCACGGGCCUAGUCACUCACUCGCUCUUACUUCUUGUGUUUGUUGUGUGUCAGGCGAGCAGUGCCGUCUUCGCUGGACUCGCUGCCUAGACCCGGAGAUCAACCGGUCGGUACCUACACACAUGACACCAUUCCAUUCCAUACACACACCCCACCCCGCACCAGCCACACACGUCCACACAUGGUGUUGUGUGGUGGGGGGUUACAGUGGUGCGUGGACCGAGGAGGAGGACCGCAUCAUCUUGUUGAAGCACAAGGAGGUCGGCAACAGAUGGGCCAAAAUCGCUAUCGAGCUGCCCGGUGAGCCACUGGCCCACCAAGAGCACCACUGAGCAACUGUGUUGCAUUCCGUGGCUUUGUCCGUAUGUCUGAUCAGGCCGUUACGAUCUGCAGGUCAAGAGUCGCUUCGAGCACCUCGCCCAGACCAUGACCGACGCCGAGAGGAGCGCCGCUGUUGCGAACAGCCCAGACACUGGCGAGAACCGACACUCAGGUACACCACCACACGAUGCUGACAAGGCAAGGCACCUACAUUCCCUCUGGCCAUGCGUCCGUCUCCCCUUCCCCUCAGUGCCCCCUUCGGUCACUGUGCGGCGUCCCCCGACAAACGCCAACGCAUGGUUGUCCUUCUCCGAGUCGCUCGACCAAUGGCGGUCCCAGCUGGCUGUCAAGGACAGCGGGGACAACAAACAGCAGCAGCGGCAGCAGCGGCAGCAGCAGCAGCAGCAGAUGUCGGUGCAUGACCUGUUCAACAUCAAUAGCAUCAACAAGCAGCUGCAGCAGCAGCAGCAGCAGCAGCAGGCAGCGCCAAAGCUGAGGCCGCCCAAGGGCAAGGGCAAGAGCCUCCUCCCGCGGCCACCCAGGGCCGACGAGGGGUUCUUACUGGGCGGCGGCGGCCAGCAGACCACAGGCAUGUGUGAACAAGUCAGGUACGUCUUGAUGGAGGGGUGGGUCGUUAGGCGGGUCGUUGGGUGGGUGGGCAAACACUGCACGCUUUGUUGUCUGUGUGUGGUUGUGUGAUGUGAUGAACAGCAUGCGGAUCUUGCAGGAGUUGUUGGCGGGAAAUGGCACCGGCACACGCAGCAGCACUUGAGUGAGCAUCUAAGUCGUUUCUUCCGGCGUACGGUUCACACAUGACAUGCAUCCACACAUCCGUUUAUCGUCCCCCACUCCACCACACGCGCCACACCAGUACCACCACCGCCCAGCCAUGCCAUGCCAUGACUGGUCAUUCCCUCCUCCCUCCCUCCCUCCCUCACCCACACGCUUAUGGCUGUCUGCCUCUCUGGCUGCCUGGCUGUCUGGUCAUCAUCAUACUGACCAGGUCUGCCUUCCGUGGGAUGGAUGUUCGUAUGCCUAGCGAAGGGGAAGUUCAGGGCAGGGGGAAGGAGAGCAAAGGACCAGACCAGACGAGGGAGGAAGGCCUUCAAGGCCACCUACCUACCCUCUCACCACACCCAUUGACCACACCAUCGAUCCAUAUCAUCACCCUUUUCCUUCCUCGUUGCAGUGAGCGAGUCAGUCAGUAGUGGGGGCAAUCACGAAGGUUGUCUGGCUGGUUUGGUUGCAGCAUGCGGGCGAGCGACCGGGCGAGUGUGUUUGUAUGGAUGGAUGGAUGGAUGGAUGGCACCUGUGUAUGUCUCCAUCCAUCCAUCCGUCCAUCCAUCCCCUCUCCCCUCCCCCCGUCCAUAGGUCGUCGACUGGUCGUUUACGGGGUGGCUGGCUGGUUGAUUUGGGUUGGUUUGGACGCAUCGAGUGCAUUCAAGGACGGACGCAUGUGAGCGAGUGAUCGACUGGCUGGCUGCAGGCAUCAUGCUGCAUGGUAUGUGUGUGUGUUUGGAGAAGGACACCGACAGACUACCACGUGUAGCAUCUCAUCUCUCUCAUUUAAACAGGGAAGUUGGUUCGAGUACACACAGACGAGAAGAGCGAGUCAGUCCAGUCGGUCAUUCCAUUCACAUGAUAAUAUGGACAUCAUCCAAUCCAAGUCAGUCACCCCACGAAGACCACACCAC